CCACGAGCCCAGAACCCCUUCGCGGCCCGCCAAGCCCAGCAUGCGCACUACUUAAACGUCGCACCAUCUCCUCCUCCGCACCCACGCCGCCGCCGCAACCCUAGAACCUCCUCGCGCACUGCCUCUGCCGGGCGCCUCCCCACCUUGCCGCAACCAUGACGUUCAAGCGGAGGAACGGCGGGCGCAACAAGCACGGCCGCGGCCACGUCAAGUACAUCCGGUGCUCCAACUGCGCCAAGUGCUGCCCCAAGGACAAGGCUAUCAAGCGUUUCUUGGUCAGGAACAUUGUUGAGCAGGCUGCAGUCAGAGAUGUGCAGGAGGCUUGCGUGCAUGAUGGAUAUGUUCUUCCCAAGCUGUACGCCAAGGUGCACCACUGUGUCUCUUGCGCCAUCCAUGCUCACAUUGUCCGUGUCCGCUCCCGUGAGAACAGGAGGAACCGUGAGCCUCCGCAGCGGUUCAGGCGCAGGGAUGACGGCCCCAGGCCUGGACAGGGAGGCCCUCCCCGUGCUGGCGGCCCUGGUGGACCAGGUGGUGCCCCUGCUGGUGCUGUUCCUGGUGCUGCUCCUGCUCCCCGCGUGUAGCUGUAGUCUAGAUUGGGAAUGCUCUGCUUCCCGUCUGCUGCCCUAGUUCCUGUCUCUGGAUAUUGAUCUACUAUGUUUUUGCUGUAAUCGGUCGUACUGAAAGUUUGUCAAGCACAAUCUGUGAUCAGGUUUAUUUUCAUUGCUACCUAUAAUAUGAGAUGAAAACUGUUGGUUCG